GCAUGGACAGACGGCUUCCGGCGCUAUUGCAGCACUUUGAGCGCAACGGCAUCAAGCUCAGCUGGGUUCUCAUUCUAGGGGGCAUCAACGACCUAGGCUACGGUGCCGACCCAGACGCCGUUCAUGCCGGCUUGUUGUCGCUGUACGCUGCCUGCCAGCAGCACGGCGCCCGUGUGUUGGCCAUGACCUGCCUCCAGACGGGGGGUUCGCUGGGUGACGUGCACGACGACCGCACCAAGCUCAAUGAGCUCAUCCGUGGAACUCCCGCCGCCCACGACUAUGUGGAAGUCCUUGACUUGGUAGGAGGGGAGAGGGCUUGCGACGUGGCCGUGACCAGUGGCAGCAGCCCAGAUGUGGCCGAGGUCAUCCUUGAGGAAAUCGCAACGGAGAAAGUUCUGGGCUUGAUACUGCUGCGAGGCUACUCAGUGUACCAGGACGACUCUGUGGCGAAAUACAGCAGGAAGCACCGGCGCUUCACCAUUAGGUUGGAAGCUGCAAUCACCGAGCCACCUGCUGCCCCGUACGGGGAAGAUAACGGAGCCCCUGAAAAGCCCAACUUAUCCACGAACUCGCCCGUAAAGCCCAGCUCCUCGACCAGCUUGACCGCAUCACCUGUGGCUCCUUGGUCAUCGCCGCCAGCCGGCACCGGCAAUAGCUUUGGUUUGCUGGAUAACGACGACGUCUCCGAUGACGAGGGGGCCGAGGCUGAAGAAACGGAAAAGAAGAAGAAAAAGAAGAAGAAGAAGAAGAAGGGCAAGAAGGCCGGCUCCGGCGGGGGGGAGCAAGGAGAACCGGAUGCGUCUACUGCAAACGGCAACCACGCGGAUGGCAGCGCGGACGCUGCAGCUGGCGGGGAUAGCAGCGGUGAUGAGGCUGAGGCAGCACCGGCAGCCGGCGGGGAGGGUGCUACUGCCGCAGCUAAAAAGAAGAAGAAGAAAAAGAAGAAGGGUACUGCAACUGUUGCUGCUGUCGCUGCUCCGGCAGAGGAAAUGGCAGAGGUUAGCAAGGAGGCCCCACCGGCGCACACCUCCCCCCCCCCGCCAACAUCCCGCGCAUUGCCGUCACCCCCUGAGCCGCUGCCGCCAGCCCCCAAUGCCGCGCCGACAUCCGCGAGUGCCUCGGCCCCUGCAUCCGCGCCCAUUCACAAGCAUGCCUCCCGUGCCAUGUCCGUGGACAUGGUGGAGGACUUUGGGGAGGAAAAGGUUGGCAGUUUUGAGGUCGGAGCAAGCUUGGAGCAUGAUCCGCUUCUGGGCCCCGCGGUGCAUCACUCUCUGGGCAAGGCACACGUCAAGGGCGAAGACAAGUCGCUGGAGGCACCAACGAACUCAUGGUGUGUCAAGGGGCUUGACGCGCGUUUCGCGGAGCGCGCUGUAGGACCCGAGGCGCCUGGCAGCCCCGCGCAGUUGGCGGCAGAGGGCUAUCUGCCCGCAAACGCAGCCGAGGACUCCCCGACCGGGUCGGGGGGUGAUGAGGCCGAGCUUGAGCGAGCGCGUGUGGCGGCGGCGCAAGACGCGCUCAUAUCGCGAUUGCCAAAGGCGCUUCACGCAGGUUUCGUGCAGUGCGACGAAGACGUCAAUAGCCGCCAUAAAUCCUCGGGUACCACGGCGACGCUGGCAGUCCAGGUCGGUUGGGAGUUGCUGGUUGCUAACGUGGGUGACAGCCUGGCCUAUUUGGAUACCGGCUCCGAAAUUGUGGUGAUAAGCACCAAUCACCGUGUUUCGGAGAGUACAGAAGAGCAGGAACGAAUUAUCAAGGCAGGAGGCCGCAUCAAACCUGCCAUGUAUGGCGAGGACGACCUCGAGGGCGAGGGCUCCGGCAGCACCACGCCACAGGAGGGGCAGCAGCUGCGAGUGUGGCCGGGCGGCAUCAACAUGACGCGCACCAUUGGUGACGACGCUGCCAAAGGUCUUCUCAUCGCGGAGCCGUCAGUGCGACAGGUCUCUCUUCCCGUCACUGGUGCUCGCCUAAUUAUUGCCAGUGAUGGCUUGUGGGACGCUGUCAACGCAAAAACCAUUAUCGGCCAGCUGCGAACAAGCAACGCCCGCGAGGCUGCCUCCAAGGCAGCUGUCUACGCCAUGCGCCACAAGAAACACGACGAUGAUGUGACGGUGGUGGUGGCGGACUUUGUACCCCGGCAGAGCGACACGCACGUGCCCGGCCUGCUGAAGCGCGCGUCUGGGCCUGCGGUGGCAGCCCUAGCAGCGCUGGCAGCGGCGGGCUUGAAGGAGGAGCGCGCCGUGCAAUCAUGGCGACCGUUGGACUCGCACUCGGAGAGCUGGAGGGAGCGGCAUCGGGCCCACCGGCAGCGCGCCGCUGCUUACCUGCACGAGCUUGAACUUGCGGAGAAGGCGGAGGCGGAGGCGGCGGAGGAGCUGGAGCGGCAAAGGCGGAUGGCGGUUGCACCCGCGGCCGGCACUGCAGGCGUUGGUACGGCGGUACGACUGCCAGCCGUGUCAGACACGUAUCGCGAGCUGGCCGAGCUGAAGGUCCCCUUAGAAGCGCUUAAGGACUUGAAUGACGAACCAGCCUCCGAGGAGAACGAUUGGACCCAGGUGGAUGCCAAGAAGAGGAAGGACGCCGGAUUCGAUGUCCGGAAGGAGCUCAUAAGGGCCGCGCGGCCAGGCGAGGGUCGGCGGGCACGGUCGCCCGGCAGCGGCGGCCGCGAGGAACGGCCUACUGAGACAGACGGCGGCCGUCGGGAGCGGCGGGAUCGCGGUGGCGGCGACCGGGACCGGCGGCAGCCGCGCCGGGCGCGUGAUGGUGGCACAGCCGCAAUCGAGGCGACGGUCGCGGCCCCGGCAGCACUGGCGGCGGCGAGUCAUAAUGCCGAGGCAGAGGUACCGGCAGAGCAGCCGCAGCAGCCGCAGCCGGUAGAUCAGCAGCAGCAGCAGGCGCCGCGGGCGGAACGACGGGAGCGAGGUGACCGGAGGGACCGCGGCGGGAGAGGUGGACGUAGAAGGGAAGGAGGGGGUACUGGGGCCCCGCGUAACAGCGGCUCGGCAAUCUCAGCUGAAGCGGCAGAUACUGGUAGCGCCGCUUCCGCGGCACCAGCGUCGACAAUGCCGCCUGGCGUGGUAAAGACCUCUGGAUAUCUCUGCGUGCCGAGGUCACUGCUUACCGGCGGCUCCGGCCCCGCUGUGUCAGCGGCAGCGGGGCCGACGCCCGCGCCCCCGGUGGUGCCCGCUGUGGAUGCGACCGGCAUCGCGGUGGACGCGGGCAAUGCCGGCAAGCCGCGGUGGGAGCGGGGCCCUCGCGCCGGUGCACGGAACCGCAGGGAGGGUGCUGCACCGUCGUCGGCUGCGCCACAAGACGGUACGGGCGGACCCUCGAAAGCUGGCGACCCGGCAUCGGUGACAGCGGAUGACAGCGCGGCCUACCAGCGGCCACCGCGUAUCCGACGUCCUCGGGAACAGGAUGCGGCCGCGGCGGCGGCAGCAGUCUUGACCGGCUUACCGACGGCGCCGGCGGCGGGGCACAGCCGCAGGCAAGGCCUCAAACCUAUCACCAGCAACCGCAGCAAGUACCGCCGCAACAGUCCCACCAGCAUGCUGUUCAGCAGCCACAGCUGCAGCAGCACCAGCAGCAGGUGCCGCAGCGGCCUGCGGUGGUUGCAUCUCCGCCAGCUGUCCCCACCUAUGCAGGGCCCCUGGACUUCGGAGCGGGUUUCGGCCCGGCUUCCAGCAUGUGGCCACCGUCGGGCGCUGCAGGUCAGUACGCUAGCCUCUCGUCGAACGGCGGAGCGGCCGUUCCCCAGCGCCCGCCCGGUUUGGCUGGAGGUCCAACACAGCGGAACCCGACAGAAGUGGCCGCUGCAGCUGCAGCCGCCGCGGCUGCCGCCGUCGCACGGAAGGCUGCUGCUGCCAGGGGUGGCGGCGGUCAGUACGCUCAUGGGCGUAGCUGAAGCGGGGAGUCAGCCGCUGCCGUCCGUAUGAGACGGUGUCGGGGCUGUCGCGGUCUGGAUGCGCGACUGAAACCGUCGCAGCAGUAAAGGCGGCGUUCAGCAGCGCAGGAGGGAUGAUGGUUUGGGCGGUUAUUAUGAAUGAACGCUGGCCUAGCUUUUCAUUUAGUAUUGGAGGUGCAGAAGGUUUAGGGCUGCAGCUCAGGGGUUCCACAUGUCCACUGUUUCACUCGGGGGAUGUCUAUGUUGCUGCGUCAGCCACGUGGGACAGUUAAGCGGGUUGUUCGAGGGCACGGCCAGGCUGCAGCGCUGGUGGCGGUGGUGGUACUAGUAUUAGAUGGCAACCAUGGCCACCGGACCACCUGCAAGGCCGGGGCAUAUUGGGAAGGACCCGUCCGCACAGCCGCUGUACGGUAGAAACAAGUUUGGGCAGUACGCCGUAGUCUUCGAGAGGGCAGUGUUUUUCGUUUGGGACGCGGGAAAGAAAGUUGCAGCGAUGAUGUAAAUGCAGGUCGAGUAAGGAGGAAGCGAGGAAGAAGAUGGUGCAUGGCAUGCGUGGAACCUGUGCGCCUAGCUCUCCAUUGUGCAGCUCUGCUGCAUCAUGCAGCCGUUGGGUUCGCCAGUAGUUCCUAACCUGUGCACGUGAUGAGCCGGUUCCGUAGCCUGCUGCAUCCUUUUUUGUCCCAGAGGGGAUCGCUCGUGCUAUCAAGCGGCCUUCUCAAGCGGUCUGCAGCGUUUUCCUUGAUCGAUUAGCAUCGUGUUUUGCCCCGCCUAGCGGCUUAGGCUUAUCAGUCACAGGUCCUUCUGGAUUGGCCUUUUGUCGUUGUGUCUCACACAGAAUACGACCUCGACAGCUACCCAACAAACCAGUAACGACCUCCUUCAAGCUAGGAGAGUUGUCCCGAUGAGUGUGUUCCUUAAGGACUUUGUUACGUUACAUGCUUUUCUGUAACACACGUGCAU